AUGUCGAAAUCGGCCAUCUCAACCGCGGGCCAAGUCUUUCGCGAGCUUCAUGGCGUUGUGGUGACCGCCGGCCGGAUGUCGAAGACGGUCAAGGUACGCGUGGGCGGCCAGCAAUGGAAUCAAAAGGUCCAAAAGAUGUUUACGAAACCGAAGAAAUACCUCGUCCAUGAUCCCAACAAUUCCUUGAGGCAAGGCGACAUCGUUUCGAUCGUUCCCGGUUGGAGAAGAUCUCCCCAAAAGCGCCACGUUGUCAAGAGCAUCAUCGCACCCCACGGCACUCCGAUCGAAGACCGCCCAAGCAUCCCGACGAUAGAGGAGCUUCUCGCUGCCCGUACGCAAAUGAAGGAGACAAAGGACGCAAGACGAGCGGAAAGGAGGCAGGAUAUCACAAAGAGGCCCGCGGCUGCACCUCAGCCAGAAGUUGAUUGA